GUUACUGAUCCAAGAGUUAGUGAUUACAGACUGGCAAUGCAUAAGCUCCUACAAGAUAUGGCAAGAAAUAUAGUUCGAAAGGAUUCCAAAGAUCCUGCAGAACAUAGUAGAGUUUGGCGUCAUGAUGAAUGUAAAACUUUGUUGAGGAACGGAGAUGGUUCCAAGAAAAUUGAAGGCCUGGUGUUGAACAUGCCAGACGAUACGCAAGGGAUGGGAUCAAAGGAUUUUAAGACAAGUUCCCUUAUAAAGAUGAAGAACCUAAAAUUUCUCUAUCUCCGUAAUGUGAAACUCACCGGGACCUACAAGAAUUUUCCUGACUUAAGAUGGUUGAAGUGGCAAAGAUGUUUUCUGAAAAGAGUACCCGCAGGCCUAUUAACAAACUGCUUGGUGGCAUUAGAUAUGAGUUUUGGAGAUUUGGAAGAGUUCAACCCACCCAUGGUUCUUAAUUCGCUCAAGGUUCUAUAUCUUUCUUACUCUUACAAACUUGUCAGCAUCUGCAAUCUCCACCGACUCCCUAAACUUGUGGUUUUGAACCUCCGUGGCUGUAUCAGUUUGAGUCAUGUUUGUAAAACCGUUAGAUACCUUGAGAAUCUUUCCUACUUGAGCUUGACAGGGUGCACUAGGCUGUGGAAGGCUUUAUCGAAUCAGAAGUGUGUAAAUCAACUGGAAAGGCUAAAAGCUUUAUGUAUUUGUGGUGGAACUCCACAACAGCCUUUGUUUCCCUUACCCCAAUCAUUAUCUACGUUGAUUUUAUCUUACAUUUCAUUUGAAAUCCUGCCCACUUAUAUUGACCUUAAAAUGCUUCGAGUCCUUAACUUGACUUCUUGUCCAAACCUCAAGUCUCUCCCAUGUCUCCCAAGUACGCUAAAGUGGUUGCAUGUAGAUUGGUGUACAUCGCUAGAGAGAAUAACAUUCCAAUCAGCUCGUUUCACACUAGAGAUGUUUCGUUAUGAAGGUUGUUUUAAACUGUGUGAGAUUGAAGGGCUUUUUAGGUUAGUAUCCAUAGAAAAACUUGAUGAAGCAGAUCUGGGACAUAUGCAAUGGAUUAAAGCGUAUAAAGAUGAUAAGGUGGACCUGGUUGGUGAUGAGAUUACUAAAGGCAGAACUUGGAAUAUCCAGAUGUUGUAUGAAUAUGGUAUAAGAAGCACCUAUCUGCAAGGCAUAAAGGAUCAAAGCAUGGCGACACAUCAGUAUACGUCCUCAUCCAAAUUUUUAUCCUUUCGUGUGCCUCUGCAUCCAAAGAAGCAUAAAAUUCAUGGAUUAAAUGUAACGGCCUUAUACACAUCAUCAGUAACUGAAGAUAGAUAUCCUUUGUUUGCCAGAAUCAGUAACCGAAGCAGGGGUGUUACCUGGGUAUACAGCCCUGUGGUGUAUUGCAAACCCAAAGUUGAUGAAGAUGUUGUGUGGUUAAGUUAUUGGCCAACUGGCAACUUAUUAGACGUUGGUGAUGACGUUUAUGUGGAUAUCAUAGGGAAGGAAGGAACAAUAAUAAGUGGAUGUGGUGCGAGCCUUGUGUAUAAGGAUGGCAGUGAAGUAGAAAAAGAAGAAGAAAAAAGUGAGGAAGAAGUGAUUGGAGGAGAUCUGUCUCGAUUCGAGGUAACCAAAGGAGGCUACUAUCUUUGCCGUCGUGAUUUCUUCAACUCAAUCAUCCCAGCUACUUUUUUUGGAGACAAUAUUCAUAUUACUGAUUCACGAAGAUGGAGAACAUGGAGUGAGUUAAAAUCUCGCUUGGAGGAAUUAAAUAAUUUCCGAAACCCCAAUCAGAGUAAAUGGAAAGUAACGCUGGGAGUGAACUUUAACAGUGAAAGUGAAAUAAAAAAGAUAGAGAAGGCAGUUUCUAGUGUUCCGGGUGUUGAAUCUGUUUCCUACGCCAAUGAAAUAGGAAGAUUGAUUGUCAUCGGGCGUUUUGAUCAUCAAGAAGUUGUAACGUGUGUGAGGGAAUUUGAGAAGAUGGUUCAGAUCCUCGAAAGAGAGUUUUUUUUGACUUUUGACAAGUAAGAUGAUGCCUGUUGGCCUCUCAACUUUGGGUGUUAUACCAAACGGAACAAGAUGGGUAGCAGCUGCUCAUCUAGCAUCAUCCGAUCUCUCCAAAUCCAAACCCUAAAUUGAAAUAUUAGGAUACUUGUUGGCGGUACACAUUCCACAAAAAUCAUCUUACAAAACUUUCGCUCAUCAAACUCUUACACCUCUGUUUUCUUUAUGGAUACUUGUUGGCGGUACACAUUCCACAGAUGAGAACGUAUUUUAGGUUCGACAGGUGACACACUUUUUGUUAUUAUUUUAUACUAGGUUAGAAACCUAUGUAUGACAGUGGUUGUAUAAAUGUAAUUUUAUAUAAUAAGUAAUGAAAAAUAUAUCUUUGAAAAACUCG